CGCGCCAGGACCCAGUGCGUGCCGCGAGCCACUCGAUCGAUUCGAGCACGGACCCCUCGAGUGCGGCUGUGAGCGAGCCGAGUUCGAUACGUCGUCUCUGCGUAAGCUGCGAACCGAUUCAUGUGCCUAAUUAAGUUACGAUGGCCGCCGCGCGUGUCGACUGACGGCUGGCUGCAGUGAGGCGGCAUGCCGGGCGGCCGCCGGGGGCUCGUGGCCCCCCAGAACACCUUCCUCGAGAACAUCAUCCGCCGCUCUUCCUCACAGCCAGACAGCAGCUUUCUGCUCGCCAACGCGCAGAUCGUGGACUAUCCCAUCGUGUACUGCAACGAGACCUUCUGCAAGAUGAGUGGAUACAACCGCGCCGAGGUCAUGCAGAAAUCUUGCAGAUGCACGUGGAUGUAUGGCGAGCUGACGGAGAAGGAGGCGGUGGAGCGCGUGGACCGCGCGCUGGACCACCACCUCACCGACCAGUUCGAGAUCCUGCUCUACAAAAAGAACCGAACGCCGCUGUGGCUGCUGGUGCACGUGGCGCCCAUCCGCAACGAACGCGAGCUGGUGGUGCUGUUCUUGCUCACGUUCCGCGACAUCACGGCGCUCAAGCAGCCCAUCGACGCGGACGACCCCAAGGGAGGUCUGUCCAAGUUCGCGAAGCUGGCGCGCUCGGUGACGCGCUCGCGCUCCGUGCUGGUGUCGGCGCUGCCCGCGCUCAAGGAGCCGGCGCGCCAGAGCCACCUCGCGCAUGUCAGUACCAACGCACCGCAUGUAAACACGCACCUUCUGUACGCUCGCGCCCGCGCUCGCGCGCCUCUCGCCCGCCGCGCGCGCGACCCCCUCCUGCGCGACCCCUACGUGCUUAAAGUGGAGAUAGGCUGGGCAUAUGAUAAGAGAGAAGAGGGAGAAAUGGACGAGACUCGACUUGAAGUAGUUCUUGCGGAUCACUUUGGGGUCGCUGACCACCUCGCCGCCGGGCCCCACGAAGGUCGUGUGGAAGUUGAGCACGAUGUCGAUAAAGAAGACGACGUCGACGAUCGAGUCGAUGACGAGCAGCGACACGUCCUCGCUCGUCUUGUUCUUGAAGGCCACGUUGUACGGCACCAUGAUGGCCGUGUAGAAGGUCAGGCACAGGAUGAUCCAGUCCCAGAUGGCUUUGAAAGCGCAGUAGUGCAUACUCCAGCCAUGCACCCGCCCUCCCCCGUGCAGGCCCACGAAGCGUCGCACAGUCCGCGGCCGAGAUCCUGCCGCUCUGUAAACUGUGAACAUAUCGCACCCAUUGGAUCUGUCGAUCAUUUAUUUUCGACAUCGGCAGCCCUGCUGUACGCGACAAUAUUCGGACACGUGACGACCAUCAUCCAGCAGAUGACUUCGGCGACGGCCAAGUACCACGACAUGCUCAACAACGUGCGCGAGUUCAUGAAGCUGCACGAGGUUCCCAAAGCGCUGAGUGAGCGCGUCAUGGACUACGUCGUCUCCACAUGGGCCAUGACCAAGGGCCUCGACACGGACAAGGUGCUGAACUACUGCCCCAAAGAUAUGAAGGCAGACAUCUGCGUGCACCUGAACCGCAAGGUGUUCAACGAGCACCCCGCGUUCCGGCUGGCGUCGGACGGCUGCUUGCGCGCGCUGGCCAUGCACUUCCACAUGUCGCACUCGGCGCCCGGCGACCUGCUGUACCACACCGGCGAGUCCAUCGACUCGCUCUGCUUCAUCGUCACUGGCAGCCUCGAGGUCAUCCAGGACGAUGAGGUGGUCGCCAUACUUGGCAAGGGCGACGUGUUCGGCGACUCGUUCUGGAAGGACAGCGCGGUGGGGCAGUCGGCCGCCAACGUGCGCGCGCUCACGUACUGCGACCUGCACACCAUCAAGCGCGACCGCCUGCUCGAGGUGCUCGACUUCUACCAGGCCUUCGCCAACAGCUUCGCGCGCAACCUCACUCUCACCUAUAACCUGCGCCAUCGACUCAUUUUCCGAAAGGUGGCAGACGUGCGUCGAGAGCGAGAACUGAUGGAGCGACGGAAACGCGAGCCGCAGCUCGAACAGGCGCAGGAUCACCUCGUGCGCAAAAUAUUUUCUCGCUUCCGGCGAGAGCGCAGCGUGGCCGCCGCGCCCGCCCCCGCGCCCGCGCGCGCCGCCCCGCUCGCGCCCGCCGCCGGCUCGUCGGACGCCGAGCGCGGUGCCGGCGCGGCGGCGGCGGGGGAGGGCGCGGCGGGGGUGGCGGGGGCGCCGGGCGCAGCGGGCGCGGAGACGGCGAGCGCGGGGGUGCCUCGGGGCGCGGCGGCCCGCGGCAAGUGGGGCCGGCUGCUGGCGGGCGGCUCGCUGGACGCGGGCGAGGCGCCGCGCGCCGCCUUCAGCCGCUCACUGAGCGCGCGGGACCGCAGCGCGCCGCUCGACGCCGCCGCCAGCGCCGCCAGCGCCGCCACGCCCACCACCGCCGUGUCCACGCUAGCACCUACGCUCACACUGAAAGCAGCAUUUACGCGUAACCGCGCGAGCAGUGUGUUAGGAGCGGCGACGCGACGGGAGGCCAUCGACGAAGAGACACUCGCCUCCGAGGGGGCGACGGUCACGACCACGGCGGCUGUUACCGCCGCCGUGGCGGCCCCCGUCCCCGCCGGCGCGGCGCCCCCCGCCCCCGCCCCCGCCGUCGCGGCGUCACCCGCCCCCUCGGCGCCCGCUGCCUCGCCGCACGACGCCGCGCUGGCGGAGCUGCGCCGCGACGUGCGCAACGAAGUGCAACGACUACAACAUAAGCUAGCGAGGGUAGAAGAGCUCCUCACUUUGUUAGCGACGCGGCUCGGAGCAGAUCCCAACAAUGACUCGAGCCUAGACGCGUCCGCAGAGCGGACGGAACGGACGGAGCGAACAGACAGACCGGACCGGGCGGACAGACCGGACAGACCGGACCGGACGGAUAGACCGGACCGGGCGGACCGACCGGACCGGGAACGGGACAGGAGCGAGCGCAGCGACCGCACGGAUAGGAUAGACUCGGCCGGGGCCAGGAAACGACGCUCAAAGUGUAAAACAUCGUCACCGAUUCCUGUAAACUUGUUUCCCAAAGUGGGUGAUAACGACACCUUGUGGGCGCUGAAGGAGGUCCAGAUCGAUUAG